UGUAGUUCUUUGUGGUCCGGGCAGGGGAUGGCGGAGGCGGGGCAAGAGAAGGACUUCUGGUCCUCACUUGCGUCAGUCUUGGGCACAGGGCGGGGCUGGAGGACUAAGAGUCGCCGUACGUCCUGCCCCGCCGGAAGUGAAGCCCCUGCCCGGAUGGCAGCAGUAGUUCUAGGGGGAGACACCAUGGGCCCCGAGCGUAUCUUCCCCAAUCAAACUGAGGACUUAGGGCCACAUCAGGGUCCUACGGAAGGAACUGGAGAUUGGAGCAGUGAAGAACCCGAGGAAGAGCAGGAGGAAGCAGGGGCAGGCCCAGCAGGAUACUCCUACCAGCCGCUCAAUCAAGACCCCGAACAAGAGGAGGUGGAGCUGGCACCCGUGGGUGAGGGAGAAGAUGGAGCUGCUGACAUCCAAGACCGGAUCCAGGCCCUGGGGCUUCAUUUGCCAGACCCACCAUUAGAGAGUGAGGAUGAAGAUGAGGAGGGAGCUGCAGCCUUGAGCAGCCACAGCUCUAUCCCCAUGGACCCAGAACACGUGGAGCUGGUGAAGAGGACGAUGGCUGGAGUGAGCCUGCCUGCGCCAGGGGUUCCUGCCUGGGCUCGGGAGAUAUCGGAUGCUCAGUGGGAAGACGUAGUACAGAAAGCCCUCCAAGCCCGGCAGGCAUCCCCUGCCUGGAAGUAACCACAUGGGGAGCUGCCCGUCUCCUCCCUUCAAGCCAGGACCAGCACAGGACUAACACAUCGCUCUUUUAACAUCCACCUUCCCAUGUCCCUUUCCACAUCAAGGCAAAUCAGACCUCUCAGAGACCCACUUUAUUCAGUUCUGUACAUAUGGGGACAUUGGCCCAAGCCCAACCCACCUUAGCAUGUAUCACUCUGUGUGGAGAAUAAAGCACCCUAUGUACACAGCCGAAA